AAGCAUAUCAUAUUGCCCCCCUAAAUACCUAAAGUUAGACGAACAUAUCAUAUAUAAAAGACAGAGCAAAGUCCACUAAAAGGAAUAGAUCAUUUCAUCAUCUCUCAUCUAUCUAUCUAUCUAUCUAUCAUGUCUUCCUCUCGAACACAAUCCUCUUCUUCUUCCUCUUCUUCUUCAGUUUGGCAACAUCAAUACAUGAAGCUCCACUUCUUCAGCAGGAUCCGCUCCCUUUUCAAAUCCAAAGCAUCAUCCCGCAAACGCGACUUUCAAAGCUCAACUCAGAUAUCAAGAACCCAACAAUAUUCCGAGAAGGUGGUGGCGCCUCCAGAGAUAUUAUCGAAACCACCUGAAGAUGAGAAUGAGGAGGUUGUCUUGCAGAGAACUGUGAAGAAGCUUCACUUUGGAACCCUUGAAGAGAAGGAGAAAGCUGCCAUCGAGAUCGAGAAACUUUCCCGAGAAGACAAGAAUAUUCGGAAGCUCAUGGCGGAGCUCGGUGUUCUUCAGGUUCUUGUCUCUAUGGUCGCUUCCGAUAUCUCCGGCCACCAGAGAUCUGCCGUUAUGGCUCUUAUACAGCUUUCUCAUGGAACCCACACGAACAAGGCACUGAUGGUGAACGCCGGAAUAUGCUCAAAGCUACCUAAAAAUGUCGAAGUUCUCGACCAAUCAACAAGAUACGGGUUCGCUGAGCUUCUUCUUUCAUUGUCUUCUCUAACAAGCCUGCAACUACCGGUAGCUUCAUCACAAAUUCUACCGUUCUUGAUGGAAACGAUGAAUUCAGAUACGACAGAGAUGAAGUGCAAAGAGAUAUGUCUAGCCACCAUAAACAAUCUCUGCCUCGUGUUGGAAAACGCAAGACCGUUGGUCACAAACGGGGCAAUAAAGACACUCCUAAGUCUAAUAUUGGUUAAGGACUUAUCCGAGAAGGCCUUAGCGAGUCUAGGGCAAUUGGUUGUGACACAAAUGGGCAAAAAGGCAAUGGAGGAAGGUUCGACUGUGCCCAAAAGUUUGAUAGAGAUUCUAACAUGGGAAGAGAAACCGAAAUGCCAAGAGUACACGGCAUAUAUCUUGAUGGUAUUAGCUCAUCAGAGUUGGAGCCAACGUGAGAAAAUGGCUAAGGCAGGGAUUGUACCGGUCCUUCUUGAAGUGACCUUACUUGGAAGCCCACUGGUUCAGAAGAGGGCGGUGAAACUUUUGCAAUGGUUCAAGGAUGAAAGAAAUGUACGGAUGGGUCCUCAUUCGGGUCCACAAACCAGCCGUGUGAGUUCUAGUAUUGGAUCUCCAAUGAGCCCGAGGUCAGGGGAAGAAGGUAAAAAUGUGAUGAAGAAUCUGGUGAAACAGAGUUUAUACAAGAACAUGGAGAUGAUAACUAGACGAGGCAAUGUAGAUUUGGAAAGGGAGGCUUGUAGGCUUAAGUCUUCUUUGAUCAUCAGCACAAGCUCUAAAAGCUUGACUUAUUGAUCAUACUUUAUUUCGUGCUCUUACUUUGCCAUAUGAAGUGAUUAGAGUCUAGAGAGUGUCUUGCUCUGAAAAAGGAAUACAUUUAUGCAAGGGAACUUAAAAAAUAAAAGAAAAAAAGAUAGGUGCAGUGGCAAUAUGGCGAAUCGCUUUGAGUGUUUCUCACAUACUUUGCUUUGGAUAUAUUGAAAAUAAACUUAA